AUGGGGCGGCUCUUGUUCAUUCCUCUGUUGGCAUGCUUCUUCUCCACGUUAUUGCUCGGACAGGUGAGGAGUGCAACCCUGAUGAAAGUGAGCACCACACCGAUCUUCCCCACAAUCCCCAGGGAUCGCAGCAACGACGACUUCCAGGUGCUACUGCGCGUCGAGGCGCCACCGGCUGCCGACGGCCAUAUCCCCAUCGACGUCGUCGCGGUGCUUGAUGUCAGCGGUAGCAUGAAUUUUCCGGCAGCGCCGGCGAAGAAGAAUCAGGCGUCCAGACUGGAUGUGCUCAAGACGGCAAUGAAGUUUGUCAUCAGGAAGCUUCAUAGCGAAGACCGCCUCUCCAUCGUGGCAUUUAAUGAUAAACCUGUCAAAGAAUAUAGCACUGAUGGUUUCUUGGAGAUUUCCGGUCAAGGCCGGAGCACUGCCGGAAAUAAAGUUGACAAGCUUCAGGCCGGCGGUGGCACUGAUAUUUUGUCAGGUUUGGUGGAGGCCAACAAGAUACUGGAUGCGCGGGCAAACAAAAGCCGAAUAGGGUUCAUCGUCCUCCUCACGGACGGCAACAGCUCGACGCCCAUCCAUGGCGCCGUCAGCAACUACCCCGUGCACACCUUCGGCCUGUGCACGGAGCACGAACCGGAGCCGCUGUUCAAGAUCGCAAAACAAUCAGGCGGCACCUACUCCUUCGUUGACGAUGACAACCUGGACAAGAUCACCUCCGCCCUCGCGCUGUGCGCCGGCGGGCUCAACUCCGUCGUUGCCGUCGGCACGCACCUCGUCCUCAAGGCGUCCAACGGUGUGAAGAUAGUCAAGAUCAUCUCCGGGGGUUACGCGAACUCCUUCCAAGAGACCACAGGCAAGAUCACCAUCGGCGCCCUCUACGCCGGCGAGGUGAAGAACUUCAUCGUCCAUCUACGCGUGCCUGUCGAUGCUGAGUCUGCGGCUGGGGCUGGGAAUGGUCUCUGCUGCAACCAGCGAGAGCUGCUCGUCGCCAGCCUAGAAAGCCAGUCCAUCGAGGUAGCUAGCGAUGUGUUGAUCGUGGAAAGGCCGGCGGCGGCCACCGCCGUGCUGCCCAAGCUCCCGUCCUCCAUUGUCGUCAACCAUAUCUUCCGGUUCAAAGUGGUGAAGAUGGUCGAGACCUUCAUCGAAAAGGAAAUCCUAAGUUUCACGUCGCCGGUCGGAGACCUGCGAGCGAAGCUGCUGGUAAAGUGGGAGGAGCUCGUGCAGGUCCACCAGUUCUGGGUUGGCCUCGAGCUGGAAGGCGUCCAUGGCGAGAUCCACGCGGUGGCGAACACCCUGCAGACGACGACGCAGGGCCUCACCGGAGGCGCCGUCCGGCCGUCGUCGGUGGCCGCGUAUAUAUUCUCAUGGCUGUCGAGCUACCAGAUGCAGCGGCCGACGGCGAUGGGGUCGGCAGGCAAGGUGGUGGACACGUUCGUGACGCUGCAGAUGCAUCUGACGCUGCAGGCGUCUGUCACGUUCCUGAGCGGUGACACCGGUUCAUCCCCGUCGCCGGCGGCCGACAUCAAGUGCGAGUACAGCUGCGUGGAGAAGAUGCCGCCGGCGAAGCACCUGUUUGUGGCGUCGGGACACGGUGACAACAGCUUCCAUUUCAACCCCGACUUCCAGGGCAUCGUUUCGCUCGACGACAUCAACGAAUUUAUGAGCAAAAUCUACCAGGGCAUGGUGAUAGCAAACAACCUGAAGCAAUGCAACAGCAGCCGUGCUGUUGCUUAA